AACGUAACUACCGUGCAUCUCCUGUUGCUGCCAAGAUCACGACGGCAGUCCAAUCGUCAUCUCCAUCAUCGGCGACCCCUCCUUGGAAAUACAACCAUGUCCCAGCUUCAGAACUCGUCCUAUGCGCUUGCAGCGCUGACUGCAGGUGGUGGCAUCAUGGGCUACGUGAGGACGCGGUCGGUGCCCUCGCUUGUCGCUGGAUCCGCCGUUGGAAUCCUCUACGGCAUCGGCGGCUAUCGCCUCCAGAGCCGGGAGCCCUAUGGUAUCGAGCUGAGUCUGCUCGCCUCCAUCAUCCUCGGCGGCUCUGCCAUUCCCCGGGCUAUCCGACUCAGGAAGCCUGUCCCAGUCCUCCUCAGCGUCCUGUCGGCGUUCGGCCUGUUCACCUUUGGCAACGCCUACCGCCAGAAGCUGUGAAGCGCGGGUCUUUUGCAGCAUAAGGAUAUGUUCGUGUAUAUUCACUCGUUAGGCUACCCCGUACUGUAGCAAUUCGAAAGUGCCGUGCAAGCCCUCAU